CGUAUUGCCCUUUGACCCCAUGCGACCAAACACGAAACUAACAAACAUGGAGGUGGAUUUCGGCGACAGUGAGCUGUUCGAGCAGUUUGAAGCAGACGCCCCUCUCGCAAAACACACCAGGUUUACUGACGCUGAAGAAGCUCCGGCUCUCCGGGAGAAGAUAGAGGAGUGUGAGGAGACUAUAACCCGCCUGAAGACGGAGAAUGAAGAACUGAAGAGAAAGUUAAAAUUUUUUAGUCGUCCUACAGGUAUCGGCGUAUUCAAUUCAAAAGUCGAUGGUCCGCUCUGCCAGAUUCUCUUUGGAAACAACAGCAUCUCAAAACAGUGCCGGCAAGACAUUGAAGACUACAUCUUCCGUCUGAUUCAGCAACACCAGUGCCAGCAGAAUAAUGGCCAAGAAGCGUCUGCGUCACACCCUCAACCACAGAACUCGAGUUUUGUCAUGGAGGAAAACCAGGGAAAAAAUGCCGCUUCAACUGGAAAACACAUCCGAGAUGCUUUUUGUGUGGUGGGGAGUGUGUUGUACUUCACCACCUUCUGUCUGGAUAAACUCGGUCAGCCCCUUCUCAAUGAAAAUCCCCAGCAGACAGAAGGAUGGGACAUUCCCAAGUAUCAGCAAGUGUUUGCCCAAGUCAUUGCUUUGGAGGGGCAGGAAGUGCAGAUCAAGGAGAAGAGGCCUAAACCAUGCUGCUUUAACUGCGGUGCCGACGACCACCAACUAAGAGAUUGUCCAAAGCCCAAAGACAUGGCACGAAUCAACGCGAAGCGAAAAGAGUUUGCGCAAGUCAACCAGAGCAACAUUCAGAGUAACCAGCGGUACCAUGCAGAGGAGGUGGAGGAGCGCUUCUCUAAGUACAAGCCAGGAGUUGUGAGUAAGGAGCUCUUGGAUGCCCUCGGCAUUGCUGCUAACACACUUCCGCCAUUUAUUUAUCGCAUGAGAGAGCUGGGCUACCCGCCUGGCUGGUUAAAGGAAGCUGAGAUGGAAAACUCAGGCCUGAUGCUCUACGACGGUAAAGCAUCAGGAGAGGAAGACUCAAACGGUCCUAACCAAAAUAUAUCCUAUGAUGUCUCAAAGCUAGUGGAUUUCCCUGGUUUUAAUGUGUCUGCGCCCUCCAAUGUUAGAGAUGAUUACCGCUCAUUUGGAUCCAUCCCAAUGCAGCCUCAACACUGGAAGCCAACCUUUGCUGCUCAGUUGUCAAAUAUGUAUCCGGCGCCCGAUUCCAGAUGUAUGAAAAGGUGCCAUGAGCCUGAAUUAACGCCACAGCAAACCAAGAAGCGGCGGUCGAAUUCAGACGCCUGCGGAAGCUCGGAUAUGGACACAGACUCGGACUAUGACACUCCUAGACGAGACGGAUUUGACGAUUUCCAGUUUCAGCCUCCACUUCCUCCUGGCUCUCCACUUAUUAGCACACCUCCACCCUUACCCCUGGGAACACCUCCAGUCACACCCACCCCACCACCUCUCCCUAAAGGCACGCCCCCUCCAACACCGCCCACAAACGCAGGUUCUCCAGUUCUGUCAGGUCGAAGCGGAGCUGGCGGGGAGGAGUCCGAGGACGGGCUGACGUUAGAGGAGCUGGAGGAGCAGCAGAGGCUACUGUGGGCGGCGCUUGAGAGCGCUGAUAAUGGCAACAGUGACUCAGAGACUGGGGCGACCAGCACGCCUGGCAUGGGCUCGCCCCGAGUGUCUCCAUUAGCAGAGCCUGAUGCUGAGUUAGAGGAGGGAGUGCAAGAAUCCGAGUCGAAGGCAGAAGAGAUCUCUGACCACGACCGUGAGCUUUCAAGCACACCUGCUUCACUUGUCGAAGUACCAGUAAGCAGCGCUGACGAAGACAAAAGCAGCAAUGGUCAAGUCAAUGACGCUUUUAAUGAAGACACAGGUGCAGAGUCUUAUGAUGAGCUAAUUGUUCUGGAUGAGGUUACUCAGGGUAACGAUUCUGACCCCGAAAAGAACAGGACAAGUGAAGUUCCUGAAGAAAAGAGCGCGGCCGAGUCAGAUGCACAAGCAGUUGAAGAUGAGGAACCAGUUGUAAAGAAAAUAACAGGCGUUCCACACCGUAGCAAGUUCGCGGAAGGUAUAAUUCCUUUUGAAGACACGCCGGAGUUCAGGGAGGUCGCUGAGGCAACAGGGGUUUACCUUAGGAUUCGAGACUUGCUCAAAGAAUCCCCUCGAAAUCAGGCGAAAAACAAGAAGCUAACUUCUUGAGUUGUAGAAUGUCUAUGUGUUAAUAGGGAAUAAUUUCUGUGAACUGAACUCCUCUUUUCUUUGUUAUGGGAUGAUCCCAUGGGGUAGUUUUGAACUACAUCUCUCCAGUUUGAUAUGAGAAUCUUUCCCAUCCUUUUUUUGCAAUUUUUAUACAAAAUACCAAACAUUUUUUUUCCCCCUUCACUGAAGUUGAUGUCAAAAAACAAAGAUCCGUUUAAUUUGCUCGUGUUUUUAUAAUUCCACAGAUGGCAACUUUUGUAAACAAUAGUUUAGACUAGUGUUUUAUGUAUGUACAGUUUUAUAAACAGUUUCUCCUUUUUGUCCUCUUAGACCCAUGUUUCCAACAUUCUGGUGGUACUUCACUUGUAAUGGUGUCUUGACAUCCAGUUCUUUUUUUUUUUUUUUUUUUUAGUUUCUUUCAAAUUGGCCAUUUUUGCUGAUAUACAUUUACAAUUUAUUAUUUUUAACACUAAAUUAUUUUUAAGUCUACAUUUUUACGGGGUCCAUCCUGAACUGGUUUUAUUCGUAAAUGUUUGAUGGCCAAGGUCCACCUGUUCAAGGGAUCAUAAAAAUAAAAUGCUCUCUUUGGACUUUUACGAUUA